UACCGGUAAAACAAGCGACAAGAAAACAACAUUGCGGCUCAAACAGCUGAUUCACGAUGAGCCGCUGUAAACGAAGUUCGUAUCAAAAGUAAACAACAUCCGAAUCCGUCUAUCUUCCACUCUGCAAAUAGCGCUCAACGUCUCUGGUCCUGAAGCUUUCGGUUAAUUUGGAGACAAAUUUCGGUGGUUAGCACAAACAGCGCGACCUUAAACAGAGGUCAAUUGGUGUUUAGCACAUCCACUCCAGUGUGUUGUCCAGAAUAUGUGGAAAUAUUAAAAAGAAGUAAAUGUUUUCUUCGGUGCACAUGCCUGAAUAUUGCAAAGCGUUAUCGUGAACGGUGAAUGUGCCCUAUUUUCAGAUUAAUUAACUACCAUCUGGUCGUGAUAAGCGUCACACCGAUACCUUGCGGUUGAGUGUCAUCCAGACGUCGUGUUACAUUGAUCUUUUGGGUGAAAUUUCUUCGGGAAACAACUGAAAUUCAACUCCAUUAGCAGCUCCCACACCAACGAUGCCUUCGGAUGUAAAAGAGUUCCUGCGCCAAGCGGCAAUGCAAGUUGGGGCAGGUGGAUCUGCCGGAUUCGUAGAAGUGUGCAUCAUGCAUCCGCUGGAUUUGGUCAAAACGAGACUUCAACUGCAAGCCAGUCCUGGUGCGGAUGCGGCAAAAUCGACCACGUAUUACAAUGGCGUAUUCGAUUGUAUCCGCAAAAUGGCCAAAUCUGAAGGAGUAUUUUCGUUAUACAAAGGCAUCCUGCCUCCGGUGCUGGUCGAAACGCCCAAGCGUGCGGUGAAAUUUUUAACCUUUGAGCAGUACAAACGCUUCUUCAUGUUUGGAUCGGACAAACCAACGCCCCUAACAUUUUCCCUGGCUGGUCUGGGGGCGGGUGUUACGGAGGCGAUUCUUGUAAAUCCAUUCGAAAUGGUAAAAGUUACCUUGCAAGCAAACAAAAAUAAGUAAGUGCCAAGUACGUGGGCUGUUACGAAGCAAAUCGUCAACGAGUCUGGCUUCGGGUUGAAUGGGUUGAACCGCGGACUUACUGCCACAAUCGGACGAAACGGUGUGUUCAAUAUGAUCUACUUCGGUUUUUACCAUAGCGUGAAAGGCAUCGUUCCAGAGUAUAAGGAUCCUGUGCAAGAAUUCUUACGCAAGGUUGGUAUCGGGUUCGUUAGCGGAACACUUGGCUCGAUCGUGAAUAUUCCUUUCGAUGUGGCAAAGUCUCGAAUUCAGGGACCCCAACCAGUUGCGGGGCAGGUGAAGUACCGUACCACAUUCGGCUCGAUGGCCAUCGUUGCCCGUGAGGAAGGAUUUGCGGCACUUUAUAAGGGGCUCACCCCGAAAGUGAUGCGUCUCGGGCCGGGUGGUGCAAUUAUGCUGGUAGUUUACGACUAUGUGUACGCUUUUCUGGACGAUCGCUUCAAGUAAGUUGCGCAACACAGGGGAUCGCAAUCAUUCGAACAACAAACAUACCGUUAGAUAGUGCAGAUGUUUCCUUCUUCAGUCACUUGUUUUGCAUUUAAAGCACAUUACAAAUGGCAUUUAUUUACAUACUCAGGCGCCUAUUAUAAUAUUAUACAUAAAUUUUUCGGAGUCAUUUUUCUUCUC